CAGGAGGAGCAGCUCCGCCCUCAGGACAGCUGAUCCAGGUAUGUGACCCCUGAAGAUGGACAGCAGUGCAGAGCAGCGGCUGGCAGCGGGGGGGUCAGAUGAGAUCUCUGGGGGUCUUGAGGAGGGGGAGGUGGAGGGGGAGACCCUGCUGAUCGUGGAGUCGGAGGAUCAGGGCUCGGUGGACCUGUCACAUGACCAGAGCGGGGACUCCCUGACCAGCGAUGUGGGGGAGGAGCCUGACGGGGGCUGGGCCUGCGAGGACCUCUCCUUCUACUGUGAGCGCUGCCACAGGUGGAUCCCUGCAGCUCAGCUCCACGGCGAGCAGCCCAGCUACCUGAAAGGAGACAACUUCUUCAAAUUCACCUGCAGCGACUGUACGGAGGAUGGGAAGGAGAGUUACGAAAGGAUGAGACUCACCUGGCAGCAGGUGGUGAUGUUGGCCAUGUACAACCUGUCUCUGGAAGGAACGGGCCGUCAGGGUUACUUCAGGUGGAAGGAGGAUAUCUGUGCCUUCAUUGGUCGCCACUGGAAUUUCCUGCUGGGAACCAGGAAGAAGACCUCCACCUGGUGGAGCACGGUGGCCGGCUGUCUGUCGGUGGGCAGUCCCACCUUCUUCCGCUCGGGGGCCCAGGAGUUCGGAGAGCCCGGCUGGUGGAAGCUGGUCCAGAACAGACCGCCGACCCUGAGACCCGAACCCGACCGGCCCAGCAGCAAGACCAGAGUGUGCAGGCCGUCGGUGGAACCCGUCAUCACCGUGGAGGGUCUGAGGAAGCGAGGAGCCAGGAACCCGGUGGAGAACGCUAUGCAGCUGAAGGAGAAGCGCUCUCGCACGCAGGAGGCGAAAGACAUCCGGCGUGCUCAGAAAGAGGCCGCGGGCGGCUACACCGACCGCAGCACCUCCUCCACGCCGGUCAAGCUGGGCGGGAGCCGUGGCAGCAGUGCCGGGCGCCGCCCCGAACUCCUCCUGGAGAAGGGCGAGGUCAUCGACUUCUCCUCCCUCAGCUCGUCGGACCGAACGCCGCUCACCAGCCCGUCGCCUUCGCCCUCGCCCGACUUCUCCGCCCCGGGAACUCCGGCCUCGCACUCGGCCACGCCCAGCCUGCUGUCCGAGGCCGACCUCAUCCCCGACGCCAUGCCGCCACAGGCGUUGUUCCACGAUGACGAGGAGAUGGAGACCGAGGGGAUGAUCGACCCCGGCAUGGAGUACCUUCCUCCUCCCGUUGCCGCCGGGAAGAAGCUCCGCCCGCCACCGCCUUAUAUCAAACGUGAAGCCGAAAGCGAGGACGACGAAGGCGGCGAGCGUGAGGACGACUUCGAAGAGCCUCUCGGUCGAGGUGAAGGUGCAGCUCUGUCUGCGAGGGCGUGUGGCGGUGCCGCGGGGCCCGAGCGGCGCAGGAUGGAGAAAUCAGACGGCGGCACCGGCAACCCCCGGGCACCUUGUUACGCCCCCCUCAGCCUGUACGAGGAGCGCACCCUGCUCCGUCGUCUGGCCGCCUGCCCGCUGGCGUUGGCCGUCACCGCGCAGGCCAAACGCCUCCACAGGAAGCUGCUGGUCCGCCAGGUCAAACGCCACCGAGGGCUCCCCCUGCUGGACAUCGACCGAGCGGUCAGCUCCACCCUCAGUCUGGUGGGCGGGAUCUACGGCGCGCAGGAGGCGGGGCUGCUGACCGGAGUCACGGGGGGUGAUCGCUCUGGCAGCCAAGAGCAGCGAAUCCUCGACCGCUUCCAGUGCAGUCCUCCUUGCCGAGCCGGAGUGCAGCUUCAGUCGGUGUCGUUCUUGAGUCGUCUGAUGGGUUCUGAAGUUGGUUUGGAGCAGAGCAUCAAGAGUCCGUACACGUCACGCCUCCUCAAACCCUUCAUCAGGAGGGACUAUGAAAGCCGCCCAGUGAAGCUGCGUUUGCUGGCUGAGAUUCGGGCGUACCCUCACAGAGCGGACCCUAACUGGACCCCCGAGCCCGACGCCCCCAUCGACUACUGCUACGUGCGGCCCUCCCACAUCCCCUCCGUCAACGCCAUGUGUCACCACAGCUUCUGGCCAGGUGUGGACCUGUCGGAGUGCCUGCAGUACCCAGACUUCAGCGUGGUGGCGCUCUAUAAGAAGGUGGUGAUUGGUUUUGGCUUCAUGGUUCCGGAUGUGAAGUAUAACGAGGCCUACGUCUCCUUCCUGCUGGUUCAUCCUGAGUGGAGGAGAGCUGGCAUCGCCACCUUCAUGAUCUACCACCUCAUCCAGACGUGUAUGGGGAAGGACGUGACCCUGCACGUGUCAGCCAGUAAUCCGGCCAUGCUGCUUUACCAGAAGUUCGGCUUCAAGGUGGAGGAGUACAUCCUGGACUUCUACGACAAAUAUUACCCUGCGGAGAGCCGUGAAUGCAGACACGCCUUCUUCCUCAGACUCAGACGCUGAGCAGGGCAGGGAAUCGAAGGAGCCCUGCAGACAGACACACUGUGUGUGUGUGUGUGUGUGUGUGUGUGUGUGUGUGUGUGUGUGUGUGUGUGUGUGUGUGUGUGUGUGUGUGUGUGUGUGUGUGUGUGUGUGUGUGUGUGUGUGUGUGUGUGUGUUUUCAGCUCAUGUUCUGUGAAUGUUUGAAUGUUUCUGACAUUAAAUGAAUAUUUUUGAUGUCACAACCCCCAGUUCAUGUGUUACUCAAGGUGUCCAGCAGAGGGAGCCGUGCAUAGAGAAAACUGAUUGUCAACCUGAGCCACAGUUCAUUAAAGAAAAUUUAUCACUUGUCAAAAAUCAAUAGUUCAUCCUUCCCUUUCAGUAGUGCUUACACACCCUUAUCUUUCAGGAUCUUAAAAUAUUUAUAUUUAUUUCGCAUCAAUACAAAACCAGGUAAGGGGAGAUUUCGGAAAUUGCUUUUGUUUUUCAAUGAUUUUUUUUUUUAUUUUUAAUGACAUUGAAUUGAAUGUGGAGAUAAUGUUGAAUGUUUACGACCGCUAACCUUAAAUUCAGAUAUUUCAGUUAAGUUCAUUUUUACACACGUGGACAAAAUAGUUGGUACCCUUUGUUUUAUGAAAGAAAAAUUCACAGUGGUCAGAGAAAUAACUUGAAUUUGACAAAAGUAAUUAAAAAAAAAAACUAUGAAAUUUAAUCUGUUAAGCUCUAGCACGUCUUUCAGGUUUCUGCUCGAAAA